AUGGCGCAAGCUCCGGUUCAGACCCUUCAUAGGGAUCCUCAGUUAUUCUAUUGGAUCCUUAUCCCCAUCACCAUUGUUAUGGUCCUGACUGGUGUUCUCCGUCAUUACGCAUCUGUACUUAUGGCGACCGCGCCUAAGAAGCAGGACGAAAAGGCGAUGCGUGAGCAACGCUUCCUUGCUCGGGGUGUCGCUCUUCGGACCAACCACCAUGUCCUCUCACAGAAGGCAUUCGAGACUCGACGUGAUACUCUGACGACCAAUUACGAGGCUGGAACAUACCUUAAGGAGCCCGAUCGCAAGGGCCAACCUCCUGCCAACCCUCUGUCCGAUCCCAGCGCUAUGGACGGCAUGAUGGGUAUGAUGAAGAACAACAUGGCCAUGAUUAUCCCCAAUACACUCAUCAUGAGCUGGAUUAACGCCUUCUUUAGUGGAUAUGUCAUUAUGAAAUUGCCCUUCCCCAUUACUAUCAAGUUCAAGAGCAUGCUCCAGGCUGGUGUUCAGACCAGGGAAAUGGAUCCUCGAUGGAUGUCCAGUAUCAGCUGGUACUUCCUCUGCAUCUUCGGUCUCCAGUUUGUUUAUGUCUUCCUUCUCGGUAGUGACAAUGCCGCCAGUCAGGUUGCCCAGCAAAUGCAAGCGCAGCAGAUGCCCAACCCCAUGAUGGGCGGUCCUGGUCAAGACCCCCACAAGCAAUUCGUGGCCGAAAUUGAGAACUUGAACGUUGUGGAGCACUACUCUGUUCUGGACAACGUCGAGGAACGUCUGUUGGCGGGUAUCAAAUCGUAG